CUCGGACGAUAUAUCAAUAACAGCCGAGAUUGUAGAGUAGCCGGAAUUUCCAACAGUCAGCUGGGGAGAAGACUCGAAAACACAAGAAAAACAAGGAUAUUUCAAGUUUUCUUUGAGAUUGUGACAGUAGGUGAUUGUGAGAGCCAGGGGAGAAGAAAGGAGACAAUAGAGAGAACAGGAAAAAAGUUAAAAAUAGAGACAGACAGACAGACAGACAGACAGAGACAAGGUGUGAGGAAGAGAGACAAAUAUAAAAAAAAGAGAGAAAGAAAGCAACAAAGAGACUGAGAGUAGAGAAGGGAGAAUGAUAAAGUAAGAGACAUUGAGAAUAGAGAGCAAUAAAGAGUGGAAGUGAAAGAAAGGAAAGAAAACAGUAAGAGAAGGAAAGAGACAGAAAACACAUACAAGAAGAAAUGAGCAAUAGAGAGUUUUGAUAAUAAAGAAUAAGAAAGAAACAGAAAUAAGGAGUAUAAGGAAUAAAUAGAAAGUAAAAGUCAAGAAGAAAAAAUAGAAAUUAAGGGAAUAAGAAAGAAGAAAGUUAAGAAAGCAAAAGGUUAAAAAUAAAAUAGAAGUGAGGAAGUGAAAAUAAAAGAAAGGGAAAAGGGAAAAAAACAAAGGAGAUAAAUGAAAAUGUAAAGAGUGGAAGUAAGGAAGAAAGAAUAAAAGAAAGGGAAUAAGAGGAAAAAAGAUAAGAAAACAAAGUAGAAAUAAGGAAGAAAAAAUAGAAAUAAGAUAGAAAAACAGAGAAAAGGAGAUAAAAAAAGAACUAGAGAGUGGAAGUAAAAAAGAGGGAAUAAAAGAAAGGGAAUAAGAGAAAGAAAGAUAACAAAGAAACAUGGAUUAUACACCCUAUCAAAUUAUUAUGGCUUUUGUUAUUGCUUUCCUUGCCUUCUGGUUCUAUAUUAUCCAUGCUGAGUGAGAAGAAGUAACAACAGGUGAAGGACUGGUGAGGCCGAAGGACAGCAGAGGAAUCAACUAGGAAGAAAAGGAGGAUCAGAACCCACAAGGGGGAGCCAAAGAGGAUCAGAACACACAAGGAGGAGCUAAAGAGUAUCGGAGCCCAAGAUGUCGACACCAGACAGCUCUGUAGUGACGGCAAAAGAGACGUUUCAGAUAUUGAUGGAGAUGUCGAAGCUUCUUAACACAAGACUGGACGAGACGACCCUGGCUCUGUGUGUGCGUCUGUGUGACAACGGCGCCAACCCAGAGUCCCUGGCGAAGGUGGUGAAUGAGCUGAUGAGGGUCAAGAAUGAGAUGAACGUCACAAACACCACACAGGGGAGGGGCGGGACUGGCACUUAAGAGAUUUCCCUGCCUUGAUGAUUACCUGUGUCUCUCUUGGUGGGUGUUCAGAGGGGCAGAGUGGCGGGGUGACAGCAUGGGUAGUUUUGUGUGUGUUUUUAAUUUUUUCUCUUGUUUCUGGUUGUCACCUUAGGAAAUGAAGGGGAAUGUAUGAAAGGAUGAGAAAAGAUAAGUUUUUUUCUCUUCCUGGUCAUCAACUUGGGAAAUGAAAAGAAAUGUAGAAAUAAAAAAAGUGAUAUUU